AUGUCUGAAAUACGCUCUGACAGCAAAACAGGCAAGAAUGAGCAAUUUCGGAAGCUGUUCAUCGGAGGUCUCACACCGAAUACCACAGAGGAUCACUUAAAGGACUAUUAUUCAAAGUGGGGAGAAAUCGUGGAUGUUGUCGUGAUGAAAGAUUCUCAAUCGAGCAGAUCUCGUGGAUUCGGCUUUGUUACCUACCAAGAACCCGAGAUGGUUGAUGCUGCCCAGGCUAAUCGUCCUCAUGAAAUAGACGGUAAGAUAGUUGAGGCAAAGCGUGCCAUGCCAAGAGAGGAUUCCCAUAGCGCUGAAUCACACAUGACAGUCAAAAAGCUCUACGUUGGUGGUUUAAAAAAGGAUAUCACUAGUGAGGACCUUCGCGAGUAUUUUUCGUCUUUUGGUACCAUUGUUGAUUGUGAAGUAGUCAAGACUCGAGAGACAGAUGUUUCUAGAGGCUUUGGCUUCGUUACAUUUGAUGACUAUGAUCCAGUCGACAAAGCUAUUCUUUACAAACCCCAUACAAUUAAAUCUAGUCGAUCAGAUGUUAAGAAAGCACUUAGUCGUGAGGAGAUGAAUACGAUUAAGAGGAGAAACGAUUACGGAAGAGAUUAUGGAUAUGGUUGCGGUUAUCGUGAUGGCGGUUAUGGUCCGCCAAGUGGUUAUAAUAGUUACUCCCACGGCUAUGAUUGCCCUCCGGGACCUAUGGGUAAGACUCGACUUUUUUUUAAAUCGCUUCUAGGUGGCUAUCAUGAUAUGUGGGAUCCUUACUCACCAUCUAAUGGUGGCUGGAGUAAUGGCAUGGGAGACGGUUUCGGUCAAUAUGGUGGUCAGAGUUAUGGAGGUGGGCCAACCAGAGGUCCGCCAGGUAAUGGAUAUCAGCGCUAUCAGCCGUAUUACAGCCGACGUUAG